AAUAACACAACUGUUUAUUAACUCCUGACAUAUUCUUUGACUUUAUCAGGGAGCCACGAUGACGUCAGAGGUGCUCUUGAACAUCCUGGAGGAUCUGAGAGAUGAUCAACUGUCCACAUUCCAGUGGUUCUUGCAGCAGCCCAACAUUGUUCAAGGCCUUCCAGCCAUCACAAAAAGCCGACUACAGACAACAAACAGGUGUAAAACUGUGGAUGUGAUGGUGGAGACUUAUGGACUUCAGAGAGCUGUGCAGGUGACCAGGGUGGUUUUAGAGAAGAUAAAAAGGAAUGAUCUGCUGCAGAGGAUUCCUGCCAGCAGCUCAGGACCAGAAGUGCAUGUCAGUGAUGUUGGAGAACCUUCAAAGAACAGAGAACCUUCCUCCUCUCAGACUGAGCCUCCUCUUCCUCAGACUGAAGAUGAGACUGUUCCGGUACCAGAACCACGUCCCAUCACAUAUUACCAACAGAAGCUUCAGUCACACUUCCAGGACACGUUUAAGGUGACAACAGAGGGGUGGGAUGAAGAUAAGCAGCUUCUGGUUGAUAUCUACACAGAGCUGUACAUCACAGCUGGCCGGGACGUGCACGUCAACACACAGCAUGAGGUCCUACAGAUUGACAAGGUGUGGAAGAGAUCAGACACAGAGACACAGAUCCAACCCAGAGACAUUUUCAAGCAUCCUUCUGGAAAAGACAUACCCAUCAGAACAGUGCUGACCAAUGGGAUUGCAGGGAUUGGAAAAACAUUCCUCGUGCACAAGUUUGUGUUGGACUGGGCCGAAGAGAGAACCAAUCAAGACCUGCAUCUUAUUUUCCCGUUCACUUUCCGUGCUCUGAAUUCACUGCAGGGAAAAAAGUUUGGUUUGGCAGAGCUCAUUCAUUUCUGUAUCCCAGAAACUAAAGACAUCACAGUGGAAGCUCUGAAUUACAUCUUUACAGCUCUGCAGUCAUCAGGAAACAGCAGCUACAAGAAGAGCAGAUUCAAACUGCUGUUUGUGUUUGAUGGACUGGACGAGAAUCGCCUUUGUCUGGACUUUGAUGUCAACAACAUUCCCUCUGUGGACGCAACAAAGUCAACUAAAAUAGAAGUCCUGCUGAGGGAACUUAUCAGAGGAAAACUGUUGCGUUCAGCUCGCCUCUGGAUAACCACACGACCUGCAGCAGCCAAUCAGAUCCCUCCUGACUGUGUGGACAUGGUGACGGAGGUCAGAGGGUUCACUGGCCCACAGAAGGAGGAGUACUUCAUGAAGAGAUUCAGAGAUGAGAAGCAGGCCAGCAGCAUCAUCUCCCACAUGAAGAAGUCACGAAGCCUCCACAUCAUGUGCCACAUCCCAGUGUUCUGCUGGAUCACUGCUACAGUUCUGGAGGAGCUGCUGAGAAGCAGAGAGGGAGGAGAUCUGCCCAGAACCCUGACUGAGAUGUACGCAGAGUUUAUAAGAUUUCAGAUUGAUCACACACAAGAAAAGUAUGGUCCAAAGAAGUGCAAGCAGUACAUAAAGUCAUUAGCUAAACUGGCAUUUGAACAGCUGCAGAAGGGAAACCUGAUCUUCUAUGAGAAAGAUCUGAGAGAAAGUGGCAUCGAUGUGAGUGAAGCCUCAGUGUACUCAGGAGUGUUCACAGAGAUCUUCAAAACAGAGCGAAGACGGAAACAGAAAGACAAGGUGUUCAGCUUCGUCCAUCUGAGUGUUCAGGAGUUUCUGGCUGCUCUUCAUGUCCAUCGAACCUUCAUCAAGUCUGGAAUCAACCUGUUGGAAAAACAACAAACAACCUCCAACAAACCUGAUCCAACAGUUUUCUACCAGAGAGCUGUGAACGAGGCCUUACAGAGUCCAAACGGUCACCUGGACUUGUUUCUGCGCUUCCUCGUGGGUCUCUCACUGCCAACCAAUCAGAAUCUCCUACCAGGCCUGCUGACACAGACGGGAAGUAGCUCACAGACCAAUCGGAGAACAGCGAGGUACAUAAAGGAGAAGAUCAGUGAGGAUGUGUCUGCAGAGAGAAGCAUCAAUCUGUUCCACUGUCUGAAUGAACUGAACGAUGUUUCACUAGUGGAGGAGAUCCAACAAACCCUGAGAUCAGGACGUCUGUCCACAGAUAAACUGUCUCCUGCUCAGUGGUCAGCUCUGGUCUUCAUCUUACUGUCAUCAGAAGAACAUCUGGACGUGUUUGACCUGAAGAAAUACUCUGCUUCAGAGGAGGUUCUUCUGAGGCUGCUGCCAGUGGUCAAAGCCUCCAAGAAAGUUGUGUAAGUAGUUGGAGACUGAAGAUCCUUUUUCAUUUUGCUGCUGUUUCAUCAAUAUA